AUGCUCACCGCGCUUGCAGCGCUGCAUCCGGCCAAGAUACUCGCCACCGUGCCGGCCCUGAAGAACCCCAGUCUCGAAGCGAAUUAUCGAGUUUCCAAGAUUAGGCACAAAGACGAUGCAUCACGACUUGUUGCCACUCGCGAUAUUCCCCCAGAGGUCACGACCUAG